AUGAUUUAUGAUUACGAAGAUGACAAAAAUUCUAUGAGAGCAAUAUCUGAUAAAGAGGAUUUGGAAAUGUAUGAAGAUUUUUAUGAAGAGUUUGAUAACUAUUUGAGCGUUGACCAUUCAAUGAAUAUAAUAUUUUUUGGACCAGCUUCGUCAUUUUUACGAAUCGAUGCGGAAAGUAUUUUACAUGUGUUAGUUCAUAUAAAGAAACAAUACAUACCUAUUGAAAAAGUUCUGUUGGCGUGGGAUACGAUAACAGACGGUAAAACAGCUGCAUUUUUACAAGGGAGAGAAUUUUUAGCAUUUGGGUCUCUUUUGAAUUCGGUACCUGAAGAAGAUUUGUAUUACGUUAACUUCGGAGUUCCGUCAGUACUUAAAUAUUUUUCAAAGCAACCCUUAAAAUUAAAAGAUAGAAAAUAUGGAAUACUAGCUGCCGCUUACAAACGUUACUUCGGUGAUAUGUGGUUUACUAACGGAACAUACAUUGACGAUUUGGGCUACUUGUUAUGUGGAUUUCCUGCAGUAGACCUUAAGUUGAUUGAGCCUAAUGUUUUUAAAGAAGUUAAUCUCGACAUUCUAAAUAGAAUAGAUCGAUGUUCGGUGGAACAAACUCAGGUAUUGUACGAUAUAGCUACGCAUCACGAUGCGUAUGGCAAACCUUUUAAAUGGUCUUCUCAUGAGAUUGGUAGACUCAGUGCAUUAUUGACAUGCAUACCAGCUAAAGAAAUAAGUUCCCUACAAUUAGAGGCUAUAGCAGCAAUUACUCCAAAUGUUAUGAAGACUAUGAAUCAAAAUAAACUAGAAUUUUUCACUAAGCAACAGAUUUAUAGAAUGAGUCAAAAGACACGACGUAUAUUUAUGUUAAGAAUGCAAUUGAAAAGCAGCCUUUCAACAAAUCAAAUAUCUCAGCGAAAAUUUGGUUUUAGUUUAAAACCAUGUGCCCAUUUGUUGGUAGUAAAUAUGGUCAUCCUAUUUUUGUAAACUUUGCAACCUUUGCAGACAAAAAAAAUUGUUUUUCAACUUUCA